UAAUUCCUAAUAAUAAUUUUUAAUCGUGUGAUCGGCAUGACUGUAUAUUCUCUUACAACCUGCAUGAUAAAACCUUCGCUCUAUAUCUUUUAAUUGGUAAUUUAAUCUUUUGCAUUUGGAUAUCUCUAAGUCGAUUUUGCAUGAUACUUUUUGAAAGUCUCACCAAUCAUACGUAAUUUUUAACGAAAAUACUAUUUCAGGCGAUUUGGAAUACCUGCUGCCAAGCAGAGUAACAACCGAGUGCAACGAAAAUAUAUUUUCACAAAUUCGAGUGGGUGGCGGCGACGCAUACCCUACCGCACCACAAGUGAUUUCUUCAUUGAAGAAAAUAAUGGUAACUCAGGCUCUGCAGCACCCAAGAGGCUCAAGUUACUCGGAGAGCGGUGAUGAAAAUCUCGCUACUUUACAAGACUAUCUCUCCAACUCCCGGCCCACUCCAAGUCCAAACCCAAACGACGAGAGUCUGCCAACGACUGAAGACAUGUCUGAAGUCUCCUCCUCAGACUUUGAGCAGUUGGCAACAUUCCACAUGGCUGGUUGGGCCAUGAGAAAGGUUUUCAAGCUGUCCGAAUUGAAAACAUGCGAACAAUGCUUGGACAACAUUUUCUGCACGGCAGAGGAAACAACAGUAGCUGUGCCACCCCUACCGUAUCUAUUCACCUUAACACUAUCUAACGGCUAUUUGAAAUACGUUGGGUACGAGACCUAUAUGGUGGCACAAAAGCUCGUGGAAUGUUUCAAGGCCGCUUUCAAAUCAUCAGAGUCAACUGUCAACCCUGAGCUUGCAGGGCAAUUCCGAUUACAGUUCGAGAAGACCCAAGUUGCGGUUAACUUUGCUACCACAAAAGAUCAUCAUGGUCCAAAAAUAGUGGCAAAGUUUACUGAGUAUCUGACUGAAAGUCUGAUUAAGCGCCACUGCAAAAUCAGAAACAAGGAGUCCUCAGCAAAAAAUGUGACAAACUAUGCAGGGAAGAGUUCCCAAAUGCGGACGUCAGUCGAAACUGUACGAGUUGCCGAAAAACGGGGAGCUCCCGAGAGCAGCAAUGAGACAGCCAAAAGGAAAAAGACUUCUGCAGGGAUUCCAAGUGACGUAGGAUUGAGCCUCGGAGGGAGCUCAGCCCUGAACUCAUUACUACAAAUCCUGUACUCCAACGACCGAGCAGUGCAGAGAGUGUUGGAUCAGGAAAUCGAGUAUGAAAACAACCAAGAUGGUUCCAAGCUGACUGAAGAAUUAAGCAACAUGUUUAAAAAGAUGAGGGAUUCUAGUCUCCAAGUGGAGCAGGCAAAGUCACUAGAGCAGCACUUGACUCAGUUGUUUGGAUCCUUGGAAAUGUCAGGAGAAGAGUUGUGCAAGUUAAUUUUCCAACGCCUUGCUGAGGAGCCCAAAGGAAAGCCACUGACUGACCUCAUCCAAGGCGAAAUAACGUCCAAACUCAGUUGCUAUGUGUGUGACAUAUUUGAACUGGUAGUCGAAAGAUUUACAGUCCUCAAUUGUGCACCAAAUAAUACUGAUCAUCUUCAGAAAAUGGUUAAUCAACUGAACGUGACCGAGACUCGAGACGAGAAAGAGUGCAAGACUUGCCAAAUCACAGGGGGAAUGUGCAGCACCAGCUACAUUUCAAAGUCUCCACAAUUGCUAGUUGUUUAUGUUGACAGGCAAGAUCACAACUUGUCGAUAAACACGACGCCCCUUAAAAUUGAGGACGUUCUGAACAUCACCCUCCAUUCUGGUAGGAAAAUAAAAUACCAGCUCUUUGGAGCUUUCAUAUACCAGGGUCAUGACCGAUAUCUAGCUUUGGCAAAGCGAAGGAACAGAUGGUGCUUGUAUGAAAAUGAGCUGUGCAAAAAAAUCUCCAAAGCAGAAUUCGACAAGUGCUUUUCUGCCUAUGUUAGCAUUUUAUUUUAUGCUGUAUUGUGAGACUACACAACCCGCCCAACGUUUUCAAUUUUUUUUUGUUAAUGAAUAAAGAUUUUCAUUACUUUA